CAGCACAUAAACAAAAUUCAACAAACAUAUAUAUGAACAUGGAUACAAUAUUAUUAUGAUAUAAAUAUGUAGUAAAUUGUAUAUGUGAAUUGAAUGAUACAGAAUACAGAAAUCCACGUGGUUGAUGAUAAGGGAUUAAGGGUGAUAACAGCACAAGGAAGGAACAGUGCGUCGGAUUCCACUGGAUAUUCGUUCGUGCACUGUAAAAUUACAGGGUCAGGAACAGGGAUAUACCUGGGCAGGGCUUGGAUGGCCGCUCCUAAGGUGGUCUACAUCUACACCGACAUGGGCCCCGUCGUCCAUCCUGAAGGAUGGAGCACUAAUUUCAAACCUGAAAGAGAGGAUACUGUUUUCUAUGGAGAAUAUAAGUGCACAGGACCUGGAGCUAGUACUGAAGGUCGCGUUGACUACACCAAGCAACUAACCAAUGCUGAUGCUCAAGUUUUCUUGGCUCUGGAUUAUAUUCAGGGAACCAAAUGGCUUCUACCUCCCCCAAAAGUAUAGAUUCGUUUUGAUGAUCAUCUCCAUCCAACUCCAAUUUUUGUCUUUUAUUUCUUUGAGUGUAAAACUCUAUUAGCUGGAUUUAACCCAGAUCGAUUGAUCAGGCUUGAUCAAAAAGCCGAAACAUAGGCAAGGCAAAUAAUUAUAUGCCUCUGAGAUGAACUGCUUAGGCAACUACUUACAGUGUACUUAGAUGGGUAUAUUUUACAUUUUAGAUAUUUUCAAUAAUAUUUUUGAAUUUGGGAUCUGAAUUUCCAUCUUCAUCUUUUUGAAAUGCUGUGGGGAAACUGGCGACAGCAGAGGUAGAAAAAUAUUGUAAACAUCAACUGUGUUAAGAUCCAUCUACUAGGUAAUAAAAAAGGCCUUCUUGGAGCAAUCUCAAAUGACCAACUUUCAUUCUGCCAUGACUCUUAUGCUCAGGAAAAGCACACCAAAAGCUCAAAGCUAGACAAUCCUUAUUCUCCGCACACCCUCAAGAAUCAUAACACAAGUGCAUUACAAAGAAAAUAAAUAAAUGGAUGGGAACAAAUCCAUAAAUAUCACAAACAUUAAG